GUGUAAAGUGUUAUCUAUGUGAUUCAUCAUGACCGAGUGGUACAGAAUGAAUACGGGAUUGACCAAGCAUAAUUCUACGGAACUGUCGGAAGAAAUGUCAGAUUCCUUCAAUACAUUUUCGGAAAAUCUAAGUCCUAUCCCGCCAGUAUUCCCAAGGAAGCUGGAUUUUAGUUAUCCUGACGAUGAAGAGAAAGUGGGGUCUCCAGCGCCAUCAUCAAUGAGUCCACCAUAUAGAAAAGUUCGAGCUUUGAGGCUAUUCGACAGUCCCCGGACGCCGAAGAGUCUCCUGGAGAAAUGCUCAACACCAUCGCACAACGCGUCGAGAUCGCGACUCUUCCCCCCCAAACUCAAUGUACCAUGCAUCACCACGGGCUCCAGCCACCACCUGCACCCUCCGGACGAGGACAGCGCGCUCGGCAGCAUGCACGACGACUCCAAACCAGUGGCCAACAUCAACCCUUUCACUCCUGACGGCAUCACCACGGGCUCCAGCCACCACCUGCACCCUCCGGACGAGGACAGCGCGCUCGGCAGCAUGCACGACGACUCUAAACCCGUGGCCAACAUCAACCCUUUCACUCCUGAUGGUCAAGCGCUGAACAAGAAAAAGAGGGCGCUAUCUAAAACACCGACGUCUAUGGGAGAUGCCACACCGGAGCAGCCAGCUAAAAGAUUGAGGGAGUCCAACAUAUCCCGUUACAACGUGGAGUUCAUUGAACUCGACGUGAUCGGCCGCGGCGAGUUCGGGCGCGUCACGCGCUGCGUCAACAAGCUGGACGGAUGCGUGUACGCACUGAAGCGGUCUCUGAGACCGGUAGCGGGCUCCGCGCAGGAGCGGGCCGCGCUCACCGAGGUGUACGCGCACGCCGUGCUGGGGAAACAUCCCAGGGUUGUCAGAUAUUACUCAGCAUGGGCCGAAGAUGACCACAUGAUCAUCCAGAACGAGUACUGCUCCGGGGGCAGUCUGCAGCAGAUGAUGGAGACCGGCCCACUGCCGGAGACCGAACUGUUGCUGUUACUAGCCCAUGUCGCUGAUGGUUUAGCUUACAUCCAUUCGUUACAUCUCGUACACAUGGACGUGAAGCCUGGUAACAUUUUCGUGUGCAGCCGAGAAGGCGAGCCAGCGGCGGAUUCAGACGAUGACGACUAUAACACCAACACGCACAUAUACAAGAUCGGUGACCUGGGCCACGUGACGUGCGUGUCAUCCCCGCGCGUAGAGGAGGGAGACUGUCGCUAUCUCACUCGCGAGAUCAUCCAGGAGGAUCUCACGCAUCUCACCAAGUCCGAUAUAUUCGCUUUUGGUCUAACGCUGUUCGAGGCAGCUGGCGGCGGGCCUCUGCCCAAGAACGGCCCCGCCUGGCACGCGCUGCGCGACGGCCAGUUGCCCGAACUACCCGGUAUAUCCAGGGAAUUCCAUCAGCUCAUACAGAAAAUGAUCGACCCGGACCCGAACCAGCGACCGUCCGCGAGCCGGCUACGGAAGCACCCGCUGCUACACCCGGCCGGGAAUAAGAGCAAGACGCAACUAACGAGGGAGCUAGCGGCCGCUAAGCUCAAAAACGAGCUGCUCACCAAGAAACUUGACGAAUAUGCGAGAUGUAUAAAGUCCCUGACACCCGGCCGCCUGGUGACUCAAGACUCCGCCAAGUUCAGAACGCGUUCCGCUAAGCGAAUGCAGAAACCUCGGGAGCAGUUCCUAGACGCCAUACAGAACAUGAACUCACCCAUACACUGCCUGGAGAGGCGGACGGACAGACGGAAAAAGGUAUAA